AUGCGCUCACUAGGAGCAUCUGAUCCUCUAUUAGAUGAGAUUGGCAGAGCUGGACCUACUUCCAAGAAGAAGUUCCGGAACGUGUCCCGGAACUUCCAUGCCUGGAUCAACCGUACUAAGAAGGUUUUGCCGGUGAAAGUGUCGACUGUGAAACUUCGCGUUCUAGAACGUCGACCGAGAUUGAAACAAGUUGAGAAGAACUUCCCGAUGAUUGGUUUGAAGUCUUGGGCGGAGUACCUUCUGGAACACUCACCCAAGUUUUUGCUGGCAGGGCAUAGCCUGGAGGACCAUGGGUAUGAAGAAACCUUCAGAUUAUUUUGGGAGCGCUAUUUCAAGCUAGAUGGCAACCAUCCGGUGUACCAGAACUUCAACGAAUCUUCGUGGGGGAGCCUUGUGCCAUAUUGCCUACAUGGUGAUGAGGGCCGUGGGAAGGCCAAGCGGCCUGUCCUCAUCACCUCCUACCAAAUGAUCAUCCCCCAGGAAGGAUUGGGCGAGACCAACAUGAAAGGGCACUCCUUUACUACAAGACUAUUGGCAUCCAUCAUGCCCAGCCAGUUGAUGACCUCGAAAGACGAAACUCUGGAUGACAUGAACAGGUUUAUGGUAGAUGAUUUGAAAGACUGCUUCUACGAGGGUGUCCAGGCUAGAUCCAUAGUCAAAGGACACACCAUCCGAUUCAUCUACCUGGGCUGUAAAGGCGAUUGGCCUUAUUUGAGAAAGAUUAUGAAUUUGGCCAGUGGGUUUCGUUCCAAGAGAUUGUGCCACAUGUGCGCGGAAACAGAUUGGUGGACAUUCGGUGAGAAGAAGUCCUGCCUUCACAAUUGGGACCCUGUCAAUACUCCGUUACCGUGGAAAAGGAACAGGUCACUUUUGCUAAACCUUCCUGGCGCAGAGUGUCCUAUGAGGACUCGAGUUGAUCUAGCUCAUACCUGGGCUAUAGGGGCCGGAAAAGAUUUUUGUGCAAGCGCCAUCGUCGCUCUGUGCAGGCUCGGUGUUUUUGGCGCAGGCACCAUGCCAGCUCGUCUUGACCGAGCCCAUGACCAUUUCACUGAAUGGUGCUACUUUGCUAAGCAACAUGUGCAGGUGAAAGAUUUCACACUUCGUUCACUAAAGGUGACUUCGUUGCAACAAUACCCAGUGCUAUCGGGAAAGGGGCAUGACUGCAUUGUGGUUCACAAGUGGCUUUCCUUUGUUUGCGGCCAAUGCCAACCUGAUUCAUUGGACCAGAGUCAUCGGGACUUUUUCGACGUGCUCAAAUACACGGCCGACUGUGGAAACAUAUGGUUCAGGGAAUUGUACAAGCAUGGCAUUUUCAUUCCUUCGCAUAUUGGUGCAGGGGUGGCUCCAAUGGCAUGGGGGUUGACAGAGGGGUAUGGAUGCCUUGCCUCUAUGUCCACGGAUCGCCGGUGGGUCUUGUUCCGCGUCAAGCCUAAGCUGCACAUGCAUGAGCAUGUUGCGCAUCUUGGCACUUACACCGGGGGAUAUGCUCGGUACACACGCGUGCAAAAUGUAGGAUGCACAGGGAACAAGUGGUCCCAGCGAUCCCUCUUUGAGGCAUGA